AUGUUAAAUUCUCAAGUCAGAAAUUCCCUUAUAUUCGUUUCUUCAGUUAAAGAUGCAAGUGGUGCAAUUUGGGUAGGUAUACUAUUAGUAUUAACUUUACUUUAUUCACAAACAAAAAACAAGGGAUGUGUAGUUCAACCAUUUAGAAAUAUAGAACAAUGUCAUGGUAAUAAAUUCGAUAUCGAUAGAUGUAAGAAAUGUUUUGCCUAUGUCAAUCCUUACAUCGUGAGAGAACCAAACAACACUUACAAGUGUGUACUAUGUGAUACCACCAACAAGUUAGAGACUGAUCGCUAUCUCAAUCUGGCAUACAGUCAUCCUGAUCAAGUACCAGAGUUACAAUAUAACAAUUUAGUAUUAGAAGAUAUAAUAGAUAAUAAUAAUAAUAAUAGCAAUGAUAAUAAUAGUGAUGUUGGUGUUAUAGAUCAACAAUUAUUACAAUUACAACAGCUAGAGGAAUAUAAAGAGUUUGCAAAUAAUCCAAUCUAUAUAGCGGUGGUUGAUCACUCUGGCAGUGAAGAUCAGAUCAAUACGAUACACGAUGGUCUCGAAGCGUUGGUACAUGCACUUCCUGACAACUGUCUCUUUGGAAUGAUUAUAUACUCUCAAAAGAUUGGAAUAUUCAAUUUCAACACGACCGUUCCAUCUUUGAAAUACAUCGAUGUCAUAUCAUCGAGUAACGAUGACAUUGUAUUCGAUGAUAUAUUACCACUUACAAGUUUUUUAGUUAAUAAAUCGAAAUUUGAAACCAAUAUUUUGAAUGCUAUCAAUAUAUUACCUCAAAUAGAAUCGACUGUAAAUAAGAAAGGAGCAAUCAGAGCACUUGGACCAACUAUCAAUAUGUUAUUAGAUUAUCUAACAUUUGAUAAUAUUAAAUUUAAUGUAAAAGUUGGAUUGUUUUUAUGUGGAAAUCCAGUGUUUGGCGAUGGCACUGUCGAGAAAGAAUUCACUACAUUAGAAUCGUUGUACUCGAGCUAUCAGGAAGCAUCGUUUUUGAAACCAUCGACUAUGUUCUAUCAGAGACAGGCAGAGCGUGCCACUCUGUUGGGUGUGCAUUUCGAUAUGUAUUGCAUUGGUGCCAAGUAUUUCGGUUUGGACUCUAUCAAGUUUUUGACGACGUCGACCGGUGGAAAUCUCUAUAGAUACACUCAGAUCGGUCCAAAAUGCUCACUGCCACAAGAUAUCUACAAGCUGAUCUCCAAUGGCUGGGGAUUCCACGGACUGCUUCGUAUAAGAACCAGCAAGAACUAUGCCGUCGACAAUUGCUUUGGCAAUAUAAUACCAUCGAAAAACUAUGAGAAUCUCUAUCACAUUGAAUCAUGCUCAACAUUCACCUCAUUUGGUUUCGAUUUUAAAUUUACCGAUCCUUCUACAUUUGAAUUUGGAAGAAAACCAUAUAUUCAAAUUGCUUUUUCAUAUUCUUAUUUGGAACCUUUAAAUUCCAAUAGCAAUAAUAAUAAUAAUGGUGUUGGUGGGGGUGAGAAUGUUGAUGAAUCAUCAUCUACAAGUGGAAAUAUAAGGGUGAUAAAGAAGAGAUUGCAGAUUUAUACAGCACUGUUACAGGUUGCAAGUACACCGGUGGAGUUGUUCCAUUCGAUCGACUUGGAAACAACGAUUACACUUUUGACUCACAAGAUUAUCAGAGAGUCGCUCGAGAAGGUGUUUGCUACAGGCGUUGGAACCGAGACUGUUGCACCGUGCCAUCUACCCGGUGCUCUACACGUACGGCGCACCCAACAAUCUGGCAUCGAAAUACGUUGCACUCUCUAUGAACAGCAUCAAAGUAUCGAUUUCACACAUCUAUUUGAUGGAUACCUACGACAAGAUGAUCGUAUACUACAGUACGUCGGUGUCGGAGCAGCACGCAGUUUAGACCAAGAGGCACGCAAAUUCUCUGACUAUCUUGUAGAAGAAGACAAUAGCCAAGGUCAAUCAUUUGUAACUUUCAUUCGUGAACUUUCAUUGACCAUUCAUAAAGUUUUACUUUAA